GCACCGUACGUCAAUGGCGGCCCGGAGAGACUGGCGGAAGCUAGCUUUGCAACAUGGCGGCCGAGGCAGACGGCCCGCUCAAACGAGUGCUGGUGCCGCUUCUCUUACCUGAGAAAUGCUACGACCAAAUUUUCGUCCAGUGGGACUUGCUGCACGUUCCCUGCCUCAAGAUCCUCCUCAGCAAAGGCCUGGGUCUGGGCAUUGUGGCUGGGUCACUGCUGGUAAAGCUGCCCCAGGUGUUUAAAAUCCUGAGAGCCCAGAGUGCCGAAGGGUUGAGCCUUCAGUCCGUCAUGCUGGAGCUAGUGGCAUUGACGGGCACCAUGGUCUACAGCAUCACCAACAACUUCCCCUUCAGCUCUUGGGGGGAAGCCCUGUUCCUGAUGCUGCAGACGGUCACCAUCUGCUUCCUGACCCUGCACUACAGUGGACAGACUGUGAGAGGCGGCAUUUUCCUGGUGAGCUAUGCACUGGUCCUGCUGGCUCUGCUGUCCCCACUGCCACCUCCGUCCCUGAUCACCCUGCUCCAGGCCUCCAACGUGCCUGCUGUAGUCGUGGGGAGGCUGCUCCAAGCAGCCACUAACUACCGGAACGGCCACACAGGCCAGCUCUCCGCGGUCACCGUCUUUCUGCUCUUUGCGGGCUCCUUGGCCAGAAUCUUCACCUCCAUCCAGGAGACCGGAGACCCCCUUAUGGCUGGAACCUUCGUGGUCUCUUCCCUCUGCAACGGCCUCAUUGCAUCCCAGAUCCUCUAUUACUGGAACGUGAAGGCCCCCGGCAAGAAGAAGCAGCAGUAGCGAGGAGCGGGCUGGCGGAGUGCCCCCCCCCCAGCCAGCCGCCCAAGCGCAGGGCCAGUCCCACCUGAACCGGUGUGCUGGUGUGACUCCUGAUCAUUCAUUCCUCUGCAGUCGCAAAAUUCUGGAGCCAGGGUUUCAGUGGAAUUGCCGAUCCUGAGAAGGGACAGGGACUUCCAGGCGGACAUUUGGCACCUCCUGCGCACUGUCCUGUGCACGUUCUACCAAUUCAUUUAUUUAUGUCGGCUGGGAUCUUCUCCCUGCUUCGGUAUUCUGGGGCCAAAGUCUGCCCUGUCCCCUCCAUGUCCCCACGUCCCUGGUGGCCCCGGGGGACAGAGCCUGGGUAGCGGAAGGAACUAGGGGCCGCCCCCUCCCUGAACCCGGUUGGGAGGGUCUCCAGGACCCCAGUGCUGGGCAGGCGGUGGGGAAGGAGGGCGGAGAAUGACUCAGGCACAGCCCCAGGGCGGGGUGAGCGGCUCCCUGCCCCGGCAGGCCCAGGCGGAAGGGGGUGGGGCCUGCUGGUUCCUGCUGCAGUGAAGGGGAACAGAAAUGGGGCAAUAAAGACUCAGAAACCGGGUUUAAUCAUAAAAA